GCCCGAGUCACAAUGCUGCCCUCCUCGACGCCCGGGCACGCCGCAGAGACCUGCCCGGCUCCGCCUGGACCAGAGCGUUCUCCCGCGGCCAGGGCUCGGGCAGCUGCUUCUAGCCUGGGACCGGUCUCAGCCUCCGGGAGAGCGCCCCGGGGCCUGGACAUGAGCGCCCAGGAGCCCCCGCAGGGUCGGAGAUUUCCCAUUGAGGCUGGAGAUUCCCGUGGCCUUGCCGCUGCCCCCGAGUCCCAGGACAGCCCGGAAGCGGUAGCGACUGAGCACAACCGCGUCAGGCCGCUUCGUCGCUGCCCUGGAUGCCACUGCCUGACGCUGCCGCACGUGCCCAUCGAUGUCUACCGGGCCAUGGGCGGGAGCCCCCGGGCCCGCGCCACGUGAGUGCGCCUGCUCCCUGCGGCUCCGCGGGAGCUGGGCGGGAACGAGGCCCCCUGCGGGCCACCACGCUGAGGUCGCAUGCGCCGAGCACGAGACGAUGCACAUUUUAAAAUAAAAGAAUGAUGCACAUUUUAAUAAAGCACAGCAUAAACUGUUCUUUCCA